GUACUAACAACUGAUCUCGUUUUCUGUAUAAAAUUAGAUUCAACCAUGGCCCCUAAGAAGAUUAUUAUCGAUACCGAUCCCGGCAUCGAUGACAUCCUUGGUCUCUUACUUGCACUUUCUGCAACACCAGAGGAAGUGGAAGUUCUUCUUAUCUCGCUGACCUUCGGUAAUAUCGAAGUGAGAAGCUGUCUUCGUAAUGUCGUCUCGAUGUUCCAUAUUCUCGAACGAGAGAUGCAGUGGCGCCGGGAACAAGGCCGCCCUGAAGGUUUUGGUGCUCUGCGCUCUUCUCCACCGGUCGUCGCAGUUGGUGCGGAGGAUCCCCUAGAGGACCAAAAGAUGCUGGCUGACUAUUUUCAUGGAACCGAUGGUCUGGGAGGAAUCCAUGCCAGCCAUCCCCACCUUACUCCCAAGGAGACCUGGGAGCAUCUCUUCGAUCCGUCGGCUGAUCCCGUUGAGGUCAAACCCGUCCCGACGGGCAACCCGUCACGCCCGUCAUUCAUUCCUUCGAAGCGGCGGGCACACGAAGAGAUCCUCCGUGUUUUGCGUGAAAAUGACCCGGACACCGUUACUCUGGUGGCAGUCGGACCUUUGACCAACCUCGCAUUGGCAUCGGCAGCUGACCCAGAGACGUUCCUGCGUGUCAAGGAAGUGGUAGUAAUGGGUGGAGCCGUAAACGAACCUGGCAAUGUAACCCCAGCCGCCGAAUUCAACGCGUACGCCGACGCAUUCGCAGCCGCACGGGUCUAUGCCCUGACAUCACCCUCGCCGAAGAGCACAACACCAGCCAACUCAAGUCUCCCGGAUUACCCUACUAACCUCAGCAAGCAACUUACCCUUCGCAUCUUCCCUCUAGAUAUUACGCUCCGCCAUGGUGUCUCUCGCGGCCAGUUCCGGGAGGCAGUCACGCCACUCCUGGAGAAAGGCUCGCCGUUAGCGGAGUGGGUGUCAGCCUUCAUGGCUCACACUUUCCGCACCGUCGAGAAACUGCAUACUGGGCGUGUCGGUGAUGAUGUCGAACUCAGUUUGCACGACCCCGUCUGCGUGUGGUAUGCUAUCACCGCGGAUGAUGAGAAUUGGAAGCCGUCCCAGACCUCGCCUGAGGAUAUCCGCAUCGAGACCACCGGGCAGUGGACGCGGGGACUCUGUGUCAUUGACCGACGGAACAGGCACCGUAUUGAAGGCGACGAAGAACAUUCGAGUGACCAUGGUCUCUGGCUGAGCUCGAGAGCCGGUAAUCGUGUCUGGAGAAUGGAUGCCUCGCCUGUGGAGAACAACUUCGGGGCUGUUCUUCUUGGCAGACUGUUCACUUGAAGUGAACAGCGUAUCUAAGUCAGGAUGUAAUGUGGAUACUGUUAUGUAGAUGUUAUGGAUUGAUAGAAUCAAAGUACAUAUCCAUUGAUUGAUCAACGAGUUUUACGGUUACAAGAUAGGCUGAUAGUAAUAUUUUCUGAAGAAA